CCCAACUUCCCAUCCCCCCACUCCUCUCCAUUCCCUCUCUUGCUUGUGCGCACAAGCAAGUCCCACUCAUUGCAACUGUAACCAAUACCAAGCAUGAGAACAGGAACUAGCUCCACCCUCUACCCCCACUCCAGCUGCAGACGCCACAGAGUUUGUGUAGGGGUGCAGCGCUCCAGCCAUGGCGCGUUCGCUCGUCCAUGACACCAGGUUCUACUGCCUGAAUGUAUACGAGGUAACAAUAAGCCCCAUACCUGGGCUGGGGGCAGCAUCAAGGGCAGAAGGCCAUGUUGGCCAAGGAGCUCCAGGCCUCAUGGGUAAUACGAACCCUGAGGGCAGCGUGAACCACGAGAACGGCAUGAACCGCGAUGGCGGCGUGAUCCACGAGGGCGGCGGUGGAAACCAAGCGCCUAGGCAGCAGCCGCAGCGCCCCGGGGAGGAGCUGGCCCAGGAGCAGCCCGAGAACAUGAAGCCACGAAUGCAGCGCACGAAGUUCACGCUGUUGCAGGUGGAGGAGCUGGAAAGUGUUUUCCAAAACACUCAAUACCCUGAUGUGACCACAAGAAGGGAACUUGCCGAAAGCUUAGGUGUGACUGAAGACAAAGUGCGGGUUUGGUUUAAGAAUAAAAGGGCCAGAUGCAGGCGACAUCAGAGGAGAUUAAUGCUCGCCAGUGAACUACUUGCUGAUCCAGACGACUGUGUCUACAUCGUCUUGGACGAGCCCUAGAAUGCCAUCCUUCUUCAGGAGCUAGUUUGGAGAUGGGUUUUCCUGGUGCCACUGACACCUGGGCUGCCCAUGCCGCUCAGGCUACCCUUAUCUCCUCUGAACUUAUGUUAUCAAUAAAGAGGCAAAUUCUCAAUGUA